AUGGUCAAGAGGUUUGAUAAGAAGAACGCUACAACAUAUAGCGUGGUUCAUAGAGCACACGAUGACGCUAAAUUCUAUGACGAAGAUGCAUCUCAGAAUGUGUUGGUACCUGCUGCAGAACUGCAGAAUCAAGCCAAAAGAGCGUCCCAAAAUAAGAAGAAGGUCUUUACACUCAAUGACCUUGAACACAGUUUGAAAGAAAAGGUUCGAGAUAACGAGGGAAUGGCAAGUCAAUAUGGAAUAAUGUUUGACGACUCUAAGUACGACUAUAUGCAGCAUUUGAAGCCUAUUGGCGAGGCAACGGACGCGGUAUUUAUACCGGCAAAGACAAAGGGAGAAAACAAAUCUAAACAGAUGAGUUUAGAGGAGUUGCUCAAGGAGCAGCUUCCGUCUAAAGAAAAGAGGAGGGAUGUGACUAGAGACUUGAAUCAGAGUAUUCCCGAUGAAUUAAAAGGGUUUCAACCUGAUAUGGAUCCGCGGUUGAGGGAAGUGUUAGAAGCAUUAGAAGAUGAAGCUUAUAUAGAAGAAGUGAAAGUGGGGAGUCAAGACGAUGGCGAUGAGGAGUAUGACGACGAUGUAUUUGCUGAUUUGCUCAAGUCUGGAGAGGUUGAAAACGAGGACGAGUUUUAUGCACAAGGCGAGGAUGAUUACGACGAAUGGGACCUUGAUAAUUAUGAAGACGAGUACAAUGAGAAGUAUGAAGCGAAUUUGGAGGAAGAAGAGAAAGGAGAAGAGAAAAGGGAUUGCGCCGGAGUAAAUGAAAACUGGCAGCGAGAUUUCAUGAAAUUCAAAAAGGAAACUAAUAAUCGUACAAAUGAAUGGGAUUCUAGCGACGAAUUCGAGGAAGACGAAGAGGAAGAUCUAAUGUCUGAAAAAGACACUAUUGGCGAUCUUCCCAACAUCCAAUCAAAAAAAGCAAAGUCAAAAACAAAGCUAAGGAAGAAGAAGGGAGCCAUGACAGAUACAAGCUCUUUUUCAAUGUCUUCGUCGGCAUUGUACAGAACAGAAGGUCUAUCGCUAUUGGAUGAUAGAUAUGAGCAGUUGAACAAAAGAUACGAAAGUGAAGAAACCAAGAAUAACUUUGAGCCCAAGCCCUUUGAUACGAAGGAAGAAAGGACCGAUUUCGAAGAUAUGCUUGACGACUUUUUGGAUAACUACGAGUUGCAAAGCGGAGGUCGCAGAUUCGCUAAAAAAGAUGAGGAAAAGAAGAAGUUGCAGGCAGCUGCAAACUCCGUGUCACGCGGGAAACGAGCAAUGAAGUUGAACAAAGCAUUUGAACAGAUGAAAGUUGAAUAA